AUGUCUCUUCCCACACGCAAGAUUGGCACGACUUCCGUUCCUAUUCCCGGAUAUGGGCUAAUGGGAUUCUCCGCACUCUAUGGCACCACUGCCUCUGAGGAAGAGUUCUUGCCCGUGUUCAAGGCAGCAUAUGAUGCUGGGUGCAGGAUGUGGGAUACGGCGGAUGUAUACGGAAGGAAGGGGCUGCAUGAGAAUGAACGCCUGCUCGCAAAGGCUAUGAAGGAGCUCAACAUCCCAAGGAACGACAUCUUCCUCUGCACCAAAUUUGGCGCUUUGGCAGGAUUCGUUGGUGUCCGUGGUGACCCUGAGUACGUCCACUCCGCAUGCGCUGCUUCCCUCGAAGCCCUCGGAACAGACCACAUCGACCUCUACUACCAGCACCGCGUGGAUCCCAAAACGCCUAUCGAGGACACAGUGCGAGCGAUGAAAGAGCUCCAAGAUCAGGGAAAGAUCAAGUACAUCGGUCUGUCCGAGUGCAGUGCCGACACGCUCAGGAGGGCGAGCAAGGUCGCCAAGAUCGACGCGGUGCAGAUCGAGUACUCGCUUUUCUCGACCGAUGUGGAGACGAAUGGGAUCCUGGACGCGUGUAAGGAGUUGGGCGUCACGUUUGUCGCAUACUCCCCUCUGGGGAGAGGGUUCUUGGCCGGGCGGUUCAAGAGCAGGGGUGACCUCUCUGCUGGAGACUGGAGGCUUACGGUUCCCCGGUUCAGCGAGGAGAACUUCCCCACGAACCUCGAUCUCGUGAACAAAGUCUCCUCCAUCGCUCACGCUAAAGGCUGCACUCCCGCUCAGCUUGCGCUUGCCUGGCUCCUCGCUCAAGGACCUAACGUGUUUGUCAUCCCCGGUACGACGAGGAAGGAGGCGUUGUUGGAUAACAUUGGUUGCGCGAAGGUGCACCUGACUGACGGAGAACUCGCUGAGAUCCGCAAGAUUCUGGACCAGUUCCCCGUCGCCGGUACGCGGUAUAACGCAUCCGUGAUGCAUACAGUAAACAUGUAA